AUGUCAAUUCGCGAUACGUUCCGCAAGUUCAAAUCCGACACGAAAUCACGCAUUUUCAGAACCAAUGGCGGAGGAAAUCCCAUAGAUACCGAAGCGGGUUCACCUGGAGAAAUAUUGACACCAAACACUUCUAAAAAUUGGACUUGCCUCAAAUCGUUUAUCAGAGCCCUGGAACAAGCCACAAAGUCAUUCCCACAGCUUCAGGCCAUCAUAACUGAACUUUCAGAGUGUAUUGAUAAGUAUGAUAAUGUCCUGCGUGAAAAUAAAGAAUACGAAAUGUUACACCGCGAGUUAGAGGAGCUAUUCCAAACACUGCAACAUCACUACUGUCGGGAUACCCCACCAGCGAUUACGACAGCAGUAGAGCUCCUGUGCAAAUUCAUCCGAGCUGAAAUUGCAAGCAUACGCAAACUACAGGAUAGGGGAAAGCCGCAGGAAUAUUUCCGGGUAGGGAAUGUGCUAGACGGAACGAUAAUACACUAUCGUAAAAUUCAAGGCUACCUCCAGCGUAUUUCGCUCAACGCAAACAUAUCUAUCUGGCGGAUUGUCGACGAGAUUGCUACGGAAACUCGGUUGAGAAACCUAUUACCGUCAUUAUCAGCCUGCUACAAUUCUGCCCAAUCAGUCGAACUCAAACGCGGGCCUUGUACGGAAGGCACACGCGUUGACCUACUCAGCCAGAUACUCGAUUGGGUUGAAAACUCUUGUUUAAGCUCUAUCUACUGGAUCAACGGUAUGGCCGGAACAGGCAAAACGACUAUCUCAUACAGCCUAUGCGAAAACCUUGAUGCUAAUCGCCAACUCGCUGCUAGCUUCUUCUGCUCUCGGGUGCUACCGGAAUGUCGAAACGUGAAUCUUAUUAUUCCUACGAUUGCUUACCAGCUUGCACGCGCUUCUUAUCCUUUCCGAUUUGCCCUUUCAAGAGUACUCGAAAAGGACCCAGAUGUCCAUACACGCUUACCGCACCUCCAGUUUGAUGCUUUGAUAUCCAAGCCCUUACUUGAUGUGGAAGAAUCGCUGCCUGAAAACCUGGUGGUAGUCAUUGACGCGUUAGACGAGUGCGAGGACAAAGAGAGCACGAACAUAAUACUGGAUGUGAUGUUCACCAAGUCGGCGGAUCUCCCAAUUAAGUUCAUCGUAUCUAGUCGACCAGAGCCAGAAAUACGGGAUGGAAUGGCGAAACAAAGCAACCGGGCCCAAUCAAGAGUAGUGCUGCACGAACUAGAUAAACUUGUGGUAGAAACGGACAUCGAAAAGUACCUAAGGGUAGCUCUAGCUCAGAUACAUCCGACCGAGGAGCAGAUAAUAGCGCUGGUCAAGAGGGCGGGCAUCUUGUUUAUCUAUGCUGCUACAGUAGUGCGGUAUGUCGGUUACGAUAGGUUCAGUCGAAGUCCUCGUACGCGGCUCAUUAACGUGCUGGAAUCAUCAAGUGUAUCAGAGAAUAAACAUAAAGAGAUUGACGAUCUGUACACGAUCAUACUUCGAGCGGCGCUUGAUGAUCCAAAGUCUGAUGAGGGCGAGAGAGAAGACAUACGUCAAGUGCUUCAUUCAGUCAUAUGCGCUCAAGAACCGCUGGGCGUGAGCGGCCUAUCCAAACUGUUGAAGAUCAACGAUCUCGAUCGGGUGCGCGCUGCCCUACGGCCCCUAUGGUCGGUGCUACAUAUCUCUGGGUCGGCUGAGUUGGUGACCACGCUAUAUGCAUCAUUUUCUGACUAUUUAUUUGAUUCGUUCCGUUCGAAGCAAUAUUACUGCGACUCGGGAACUCAUAACAGGACUAUGGCUAUGUGUUGCUUCGGUCUCUAUAGGGAUAUAAGUCCUCAGUUCAAUAUUGGUGGGCUGAGAUCAUCAUACGUACCCGAUAACGAAGUGGAAGACAUCGAAGAGAAAGUGCAGAACGUCAUAUCACCCGAAUUGUCCUAUGUAUCCCGGUACUGGGCUGUGCAUUUGCACUCUGCCGUAGGAUCUGCCGAUCUUAUGUCAGAGUUGGAAGAAUUUUUAUCAAUGCGAUUGCUGCUUUGGAUGGAAGUGAUGAACCUUAAGAAAUAUACUGGACAGAUGUCAAAGUCUAUACGGCUGGUGGAAACCUGGGGUGCGGAACGGCCAACAGGCUUAAAAACACUUAUACAUGAUGCCUGGCGCUUCACCUCAACCUUCGCGCGAGGUACGAUAUGUGAAAGUACCCCUCAUAUUUACACGUCGAUGCUUCCAUUCUGGCCAGCCGAAAGUCCUAUUUCCAAAUCCUAUGCAAAGUACACAAACAGAAUGGUUCAAAUUGAAGGGACAGCAACUAAACAACGACAGUAUGCGCAUUUAGCAACCUGGACCUGGCCCAUAGGUGGAAUAUCCUCAUUGGCGUUCUCCCCUGACGGAAAUCAGAUUGCUGUAGCUAUCGGCACCGAGUUACUGUUGUUAGAUUCAUCAACUGGUCGGAAAAUGCUCCCUCCUUUUGAAGGCCAUACUCAUUCUCUGUACUCUAUUCAAUUCUCGCCGGAUGGUGCGCGUAUAGUUGCUAUUUCAGUCAUAGGGGUCAUUUAUGUAUGGGGUUCCCGGGAUGGGAAGCUAGAACUCGGGCCCUUGUAUGGACAUCCAUCAGGUUUUCAAACCUCCGCAACUAUCGGUUUCUCACCCGAUAGUAGUCGCAUUAUUUGUGGCUCAUCAGAGGGCAUUUCCGUAUGGAACUCCCGUAACGGCGAGUGCAUAGCAGUCGCAUCUUCGGAGCACAGGUACUCCUCGAUAAAACUCUCAGCCGGAGGAGGUUUUUUAGUAUCAUCCAACCCCGAGAAUAUCCUAAUACACGACACUCAGAAAGGGCAUGUGUCUAGAACGCUUGGUCCCGACCACGGGACACAUUUUCUUUCCGUUGAUAUCUCUUCUGAUGGCACUCUUAUUGCAUAUGUAUCCCUUGGUGGUAUACACAUCUGGAACUGUGAGGCUGGACGAGUUGUAUUGGGCCCGCUCACAGCUCCGUACACUAGUACCAAGGCUAUCCCCAAGCUAGUCACAUUCUCACCUGGUGGGAACUACGUAGCCGCUGGAUUAUCAAGUGGUACCAUAUGCAUAUGGGAUACUGGGAGUGGUGACUUGGUGCUUGGCCCCCUGGAAGGGCACACCAGACACAUCACAUCAAUUGAUUUUUCGCCAGAUCGCAGUUGUCUCAUUUCCGGAUCAAGAGACAUGCCACUCCGCUUGUGGGAUAUUCAAUCGAUCAACACAACUCCUAACCCCUGUCCGGGACAUACGGACUCAGUCACAUCGGUCAAAUUUUCGCCUGAUAGUACUCGUAUUAUUUCUCAGUCGAAGGCUGGAAGUAUAUAUGUGUGGGACUCUGAAACAGGAGGGAUGACUAUGGGUCCUCUAUCGAUUAGUGGUAUUUCCGAAAGUCGGGUUGCAUUCUCGCCCGAUGCCACUCGUUUUCUCUGCACUACGGAGCAUGGCAUUACACUGAUGAGUACCUAUACCGGCGAAAUCAUUAUCAACCUACCCCGGAAGCACCGAUACUACUUUGGCUCGGCGCCCUUCUCUCCAGAUGGUGCAUACGUCGUUGUCGAAUGUUUCUUGAGUGAUUUCAUCCAAAUAAUGGCUGUCGAAACGGCCCAAACUCUUGCGACUAUUCAUCUACCAUCGGUCAACGGCCAACGUGGUUCUGUGGGCUCCGUAGUGUUUUCCCCCGAUGGUACCAAAAUCGCCAUCGGCUCAGGGUCUCCCAAUCUCCUUAUUUACGAUAUGCGCAACGGACGUUUAACACAUGGACCGUUUCUUGCAGAUACCUAUCGCUCGCAUUUAUUUAGUUUCUCGCCCGACGGUACUCGAUUAGCCUACAGAACCGAUUAUGAAUAUGGGCCAGACUUUUUGAUAAUAAAGGACUUACAAAGCGGAGAAACAUUGCUAGGGCCACUGGAGGCAGGCGACCAGCGAAGCGGGGUUAAUCUGAUUGAAUUCUCCCCGACGGAUCUCGCAUCCUUACAAGCGGUUCCAAUAGUAUAA